AUGUCACCCCCACCUUCCAUCAUGACCACUGGCUACGAAAUGCCAGGAAUUGCGUCCAACGAAGCAGAGCGCGCUGGGGCUCGCCCUCGCGCUCACGACAACGACAACCUCGUCUCCGAAUCCUCCGACGAUAGUGACUCCGAUGUGCCGAUCGUACAAGUCUCCACAUAUCCAUCGGGUAAGAUGUCUUUGGCGGGCAUCUCACUGCGCGCAAUGCUGCUUGGAACCUCGCUCGGGCUCACCUCCAGUAUGGCAUUGCUCCUGAGCACGGUCUAUUCGACGCCGCUGUGGCGGGCACCGUUUUUCGUGGCUUCGCUAAGUCUGUUUCACUUUCUGGAAUUUUGGGUGACCGCGCAAUACAACACCCGGUAUGCGACAGUCUCUGCGUUCCUACUGUCGUCGAACGGGUGGGCAUAUAAUGUUGCGCAUGGGUCUGCAAUUGUGGAGUGUAUCGUCUCGCAUUAUUUCUUCCCUGGACAGACGUCGUUCGGUCGACUGCUUACAGUGACAGAGCCUGUGUUUGGGAGGGAGGUCUCGCUGCUUCUCGUUGCCGGAUUUAUACUGCUGGCUGUUGGACAGGUGGUUCGCACAAUCGCCAUGGCGACCGCUGCUAGUAACUUCAACCAUCAUGUGCAAAGUCAGCAUCAGGAGGGCCAUGUGUUGGUGAAGAGUGGUCUCUACGGCUACCUGCGACAUCCGAGUUAUUUCGGGUUCUUCUGGUGGGGACUUGGGACUCAGUUGGUGCUUGGGAAUGCGGUAUGCUUUGUUGGGUAUGCGCUGGUAUUGUGGCGGUUCUUCUCGAGCAGAAUCAAGCGCGAGGAGGCUUACUUGAUCUCUUUCUUUGGCGACGAGUAUGUUCAAUACAGAACAAACACCCCAGUGGGAAUCCCCGGGAUUUAG